UACUCUUUUCGCAAUUUGCUCUGUAUUGACAUUGGUAGCGUGUCAGCAGACAACGCUGUACCUGGUCAAUGUGAUGGGAAGGGACAAGACGAAACCAAAAUGAAUUUUCAGGUGAAGCGUAAUAAGGGACAUACGUUGAAUGGUUUUACUUGUCGUACUGUAAAGGUUAACUUGAAUCGGUUGCCAUUUUCUUGCUGACCCAAUGAUGUUCGCCCUGUGACUGAGAUGUGAUGGCCCAAUGAUGAAAAUCAAGGAAUUUGAAUAGAUGCAUUUUGGAUUACAUUGAAGAGAAUCGCACGAACAUCAAUGUUUUCGAAGAGGAGAGACGUCACCUGGUUUGAACAUCUCGCCACAAGAGGACUAUUAUGACAGCGUUAGCUGGCUGUGACUUACACAAAUUCUAUUCAAACUCAUUGGUGUUGCAUUUCAUAGUUUUUCAGGCACAUAUAUAACGUUAGGCCUGUAUUUUGUAUUUUCUUGCGAUAAUCUGAAAAUCACAAAUUGAUGUCCGUCCAUUCAAUUGAUAUUCUGUUUAGUUAGCAUGAAGCUAACGUUAAAUGUAGCUAGCUAGCUAACUAUAUAAAAUGUUGUUAGCAUGGUUGCUUGCCAGCUACAAUGCAUGGACAACAUGACGCUUGUCGUCACAGCAUGUCACUCUGGUUAUAUAGUUGAAGUGUUUGUGGGUGUUUGAAGCUUGCAAUCUAUUUAUCCAGGACACUUGACAUCAUGUAGAAUGUCUGGCAAAGCAGUUUUUGAGCUCAUUUGUUUGCCAUCUAAAUGCAUAUUUAACUAGCUAACUAGCCAGUUUGCAACGCUAGCAAUCUGGAUCAGAAAAUGACAGCUGGCAGUAGGGACUGACAUUGUGUACCUUGGGAUUGUGGCCAGCCAUGCGUACAGCUGACUGCAGUGUCUGAUUGUGGAAAUAGUUCAAGGUAAAGCCUUAUAUAAUCUGUUGUAAUUGGCUACUGACAGGGAAGAAUUUUACACUAGCUCCAGUUUUGCAUCCCAUUUUAAACGUGAUCAGUUGCAUCAUCACCUGGCUGUUUCUCAGGCAAUAUCAAAGGUGGACUGGAAUGCAUGCUUGUCCUUGUAAAACUGACUUGUAUUCUGUGAACGCCACAAUCACUAGUUUGCUUGACAGCUAAAUCAAGGUUCUACCAUCAAAAGAGAGCAUCCUUCAAAGUGCAUUACUGAAGAAAGAACCUUUUGACACCUGACCUAAAUUGGACAGUUACGUUGACAAUGGAGACUGUUGGAGACUUUGAAUACAGCAGAAAGGACCUGGUGGGACAUGGUGCUUUUGCUGUGGUGUUCAAAGGAAGGCACAGAAAGAAGACUGAUUGGGAGGUGGCGGUCAAGAGCAUUACCAAGAAGAACCUCUCCAAGUCCCAGAUCCUGCUUGGCAAGGAAAUCAAAAUCCUCAAGGAACUUCAACAUGAGAACAUUGUGGCGCUUUAUGAUGUCCAGGAAACACCCAAUUCUGUGUUCCUGGUCAUGGAGUACUGCAACGGUGGCGAUCUGGCUGACUAUCUGCAAGCCAAGGGGACACUGAGAGAAGACACUCUGAGGGUGUUCCUCCAGCAGAUAGCAGCAGCAAUGAGGAUCCUCAACAGUAAAGGCAUCAUCCACCGAGACCUGAAACCACAGAACAUCCUGCUGUCAUACACCAGCCGCAAGAGAUCCAGCAUCCACGGCAUCCGCAUCAAAAUAGCUGACUUUGGCUUCGCACGAUAUCUCCAGAGCAACAUGAUGGCUGCCACACUGUGUGGCUCCCCCAUGUACAUGGCCCCGGAAGUGAUCAUGUCUCAGAACUAUGACGCCAAGGCAGACAUGUGGAGCAUUGGGACGGUUGUCUACCAGUGUCUCGUAGGGAAGCCACCUUUCCAGGCCAACAGUCCCCAGGACCUGAGGAUGUUCUAUGAGAAGAACAAGUCGCUGCUGCCCAUCAUCCCGAGGGAGACGUCUCCUCCCCUUGGCAACCUGUUGCUAGGCCUGCUGCAGAGGAACCAGAAGGAUAGGAUGGACUUCGAUGCAUUUUUCAGCCAUCCUUUCUUAGAUCCAGUGUCUGCCAUCAAAAAAUCAUGUCCUGUUCCAGUACCCAACUGCCCUAGCGCUGUGACCGACAUCACCUGUGGCAGCUCGCCCUCUGUUCGCUACAACUCCCCUGCCUCUCUCCCAGACAUGCAGACGUUACCUGAGGACUGUCUGUCAUCGCCCCCCCUGGGCCCUCCAAACUACCUGCAGCUGUCUAAGGAGUCUGGAGGAAGCACGAGCAGCAAGAACUCUUCCAGCGACACGGAUGACUUUGUCCUGGUGCCACACCUCUCCACAGAGUCUUAUGACCAGCCAAUGGGAGCAGUGGGGCGUCGGGCGUCCGCAGAGUGGUGUGGAGGGCAGCCGCAGACCAUCGGACAGACCCCCAUGGUGUCCCCCCGGGCAGAGACCACCCCCAUCCCUGUGCCCACCCAGGUGCGGAACUACCAGCGCAUCAAGCAGAACCUCUCCAACAGCCCCACCACCACGCUUUACAGCUCGCCCAGGUCUGGUACAGUGAGGCGGUCCAACACCAGUCCCAUGGGUUUCCCUAAGGUUGGCUCUGGGUCCGCCAGCUCUGCAGACUGCAGCCCUCAGAUGACAGGCAGACGUCUCUCUAUAGGCAGCUCCCGCCCAUACUCGCCCUCACCUCUGGUGGGCACAAUCCCAGAGCAGCUGGGUCACUGUUGUUGUGGACACACUAAGGGCCACGAGUCCCGCAGCCGCAGCUCCUCAGGAGGUUCUCCAGUGCCGUCGUCCCAGUUACUGGGGGCUCGCCUUCAGAGUUCCCCCACCCUGACCGAGGUCUACCAGACCAGACAGAAACUCCAUAAGCAGCUGUCAGACCCCAUCCAGCCCUCCACUUCCAACUACCCCCCCAGCCACUCCCCUCAUCUGGGUCGCCCUGGCAAUCUGGGCACCUCCCCCACCAAACACCUGGGCUCCUCUCCCCGCUCCUCUGAUUGGCUGACAAAGUCACCGCUGCCCACCAUCAUUGGCUCCCCCACCAAGCCCAUCUCGGCCCCAUUCAAGAUCCCUAAGACGCAGGCGUCCUGUAACCUGAUGGCCCUGGCAGACAGUCCCACAACCACUAAGACCCUGGUGGACGCACGGGACAUCUGUGCCCACCACUGCACCCCCUAUCCCAGUGGGCGCCAGUCUGCCCCUGAGGCCAGUAGGACCACCUUUGGCAGGUCUGUCAGUACUGGCCGUCUGUCUGAACAGCCAAUCAGAAUCACUCUAGGGGGACAGCCCUACCAGGGAAGCACGGACAGCCUCAACACAGAGCGUCCCAUGGAUACAGCCCCGGCAGGACCGUUUGGGCUGGCUCAGCUUCAGGGCGGGGCGGCGAGUCCCCGGACCGUUCUCUUCACCGUGGGCUCGCCCCCCAACAGCAGCACCCCCCCUACCUGCAGCCACCUGGGCACCCGGCCGCGCACCACCUCAGUGGGCUCCAACAGUUCGGCAGGCUCCCUGUGCUCCACCAGUGGGCGAGUGUAUGUGGGAUCUCCUCCAGGCAUGGCAAUUGGGACCCCUCCCCAAGGAGGGGCAGAGGCAGGUCCCAGCAGCCUACGCUAUGUCCCCUACGGUACCUCUCCCCCCAGCCUGGAUGGAUUCAUCACCUUCGAGGCCCCAGAGCUGCCUGAGGAGACACUCAUGGAGCGAGAGCACACAGACACUCUGAUGCACCUACGGAUGAUGCUGUCCUUCACUGACUGUGUCCUGGAUAUCGCAGCGGUGCGAGCAGGAGGAGCAGACCUGGGUAUAUCGGCUGCCUCCCUCUACCCCCCUCAGGAGAGUGUUGUAGUGGACCAGAUCAGCCAGCUCAGCAAGGAGUGGGGGCAGGUGGAGCAGCUGGUGCUGUACAUGAAGGCUGCCCAGCUCCUUGCCUCCUCCCUCCACCUGGCCAAGGCCCAGAUUAAAUCAGCCAAGCUCAACCCCUCCAGCGCAGUCAAGCAGGUGGUGAAGAGUCUGAACGAGCGUUACAAGAGCUGCAUCUCCCUGUGUCGGCGGCUCACAGACAAGCUGAACCACUUCUUCUCCGACAAGCAGCGCUUUGUAGAUGAGAUCAACAGCGUAACCGCAGAGAAACUCAUCUAUAACCACGCUGUGGAAACGGUGCAGUCUGCAGCUCUGGAUGAGAUGUUUCAGCAGACGGAGGACAUAGCCUACCGCUACAACAAGGCUGCCAUGCUGCUAGAUGGCCUCUCCAAGAUCCUCCAGGACCCUGCAGACAUUGAAAAUGUGGCCAAGUACAAGGCCAGUGUGGACCGGAGAAUCUCUGCCCUCUGCUACUGCACCGUCACACUUUACGAGUAGCAGACCACACACACACACACACACACACACACACACACACACACACACACACACACACACACACACACACACACACACACACACACACACACACACACACACACACACACACACAUCAGGGGCAGCUGUGACCUCCCUGCCCUCCUCCUCUGCCCAGACGGACCACUCUCUACCCUAACCAUAGAACCUUGAGAACAAGCACAGAACCCCAAUGUUCACUCACGUAGCAGUCCAAGCACCUUUCAGAUUCUUUAUCUUUUUCUGAGUUUAAGCAAACAGCAACACGACAGAUGGUAUUAAACCUUCUUGGGCAUCGCAGACUGACCGCUGAAGUGCACGAGAGAUGAUGCACACAUUCACUACCAAAGAUGAUCCAAUGAUCCUGUAACUGAGACAUUCACAGGACAUGAACAAGACACAGGCAUCUUCUCGCAUGCUGUCUGUCAACCGACUCCUUGAAGAGAGUGGGAUGUGGACACACACCACCAGAUCAAACAAACUACCCAGCUUUUUGUUUCUGACUUGCAGGAUUUUUAAAUUAUUUUGUACCAGAAGAAAGAGAUUGACAUGAGGACAAUGACAACAGAGACUUAUACACCGAUGAAAAAUACAACUUUUUAAUGCAAAUCACAGUUGUUAUUAUAAUAAUGUAAAGGUUUUUACUCUGUGUUAUUAAUGCUGUUGUAAUUAUUUAUUGGUUUGGGAUAGAAGAAGGAUGAUGUCAUGCCGUCUGACAUCGUCCUUAGUAUUGAAGUGGAUGGAAGGAGUAUAUGAGAUUAGUCAACUUAAAGGCAGGCAGUCUGGCCAACACUGUAACAAAUACACACACACUCAAACGCCCAAACACACACUUUACAAUACAAGAAUACACACACACACACACACACACCGUUGUUACACACAUGGAAAUAAUCCUGAAGAGCAAAGGAAUCUGUAGAUUUGUAAUUAGAACUUUUUGUUCAUUCGUUAGCUGAAGCACUUUAUUGUGAAAAGUGGGGGGGGACACUUUAGGUAAGAGAAGUGUGAAGGCUGCGAGCUGUAGCUCAAGUGGGUUAAAAGGAUGGGGGGGGGGGGGUCUCACACCCUUCUCAGCCUGCAACACCACUCGCCCUGCCACAGCUCUCCCUCAUUGCUGGGCAACAUGCUCGCAUGCUCUCUGAAUAAGUGUUGCCGUGGAAAUGGGGUGAGGGGUCGUAUGAAACAUCCAGUCUCUACACAUCUCCACACCACUGGUGGGCUUCUAGAAUACUAUGGCAAGAAGAAGCCUGUGGGUGACAGAGAAUCAGACUAAAAUUGAUGUUUUCUUUGCCUCUGGAACUUUUAGCAGUGACCAGCAUAGGCAUUUGGGGAGGAGGGGUUCCUGAUUAGUUAACCAAGGGGGCACCCCCCUCUCCAGGGUGAAUCAAGACAAAACAGUCAAAUUACUUGAGUAGUUACUUUAUGUUUAAUUUUCGCUAAAUAAUACAGAAACAAGCUUUUUUAUGUUCAUACAUGAAUAACUGUAGCUAAUUUCCUUGUAAAUUGAUGUUUGCAGAAGUGUAAAAAAUGUGUAUGUGCAUGUGAUUUUGUUAUUUUGUUUUCUUAAGUGUGUGUGAGAGCACAGUGAGAGAGUGAGGGGGUCAGUGAGCAAGACAACGCCAUUGGAUGCCCAGCCUCUCAAAGAGCACAAACAUUUUUAUGUACGUAGGGAUUUGAUAUGCCCUUUUACCCACGCCUGCCACGGGUUCAGUCAACCUACCUCCAUUGGAGGUCCCUGGCACAGAGGAGGGUGCCAACCACACGGCAGCUGCUCAGAACAUCUUCACACAACUUCCUCUUUAUACUAGGACUGUUCAUAUACUAUACUGGAUAUGGGAAUUCUGUGUGGAGAGAUCAAAUCUACGGUGUAUUGGAAGUAAAGAAAGGCCGUGCCUAGCAACCAUUCAAGUCUGCUCUCUCCCCAAGCAUCUGCUGUGCUCGCAAUACAAUAGUGUUAGUGAGUCUGCACACGUCAGGUAUGCAAAAGGCCAGUGAUCCUAGAAAGUCCAUUACAGAAGAAGAGCUGGCUCAUAAGCCUGUUUGAAAAGUGGGCAGACUUCUUUGAUUUUCUAUUGUACAUGUGUGAAUAGUGUGUAAUGCAUAAACUUGCAACUGGUGGCCACUAGUUUUUUUUAACGAUGUACUGUUCUUUUUUUAUAGACAUAUCCAAGUUUUUGUGAUUUAUUUUGGUUUUGUUGUUCUUGUGCCCUCUCUCCCCUGCUGGUGAGCACUCCGCACCACAAAAAGCCUUUUCUGCACACUGAGUUGAGGGAGAAAUACAUUAAAAACAAUAGUCUGUCUGAAUUGACCUAAUACAUGCAUCUAUUUAUAGCGCUGUGGUUUUAGGCCAUACUCCCUCUCUAGCAGUAGUUUAUGAAGAAUGGAGUACUAACGAUGGACUGUUUUAGAGACAAACCAUUGGUACUAAGCACAUGUUAUAUCCCGUAGACUGAAUGUAUUUACCCUCCCUGUCAUUUGCACCUGAAGCUGAAUAUAUACCAACUCUUGAGAUGGUCAACACCCCCCCUCACCAAACCGACCAUGAAAAUGCAACUGAAUUUCCACACACCUAUUUUUCAAUGAGAAAUUGUAAUGUUUUACUUGAUAUGUGGGCAUCUUUCUUUAUGGAACUCUACAAAUGCAGCCUUUGUUAAUUAAAAAGAAAAGUUGGAACCUCA